CCCGGAUCAUUUCUUUUGCAUCUUCCUCCCUCUCCUGUGCACCGUAUCUGAAGAUGCUUCUCCUGGGCUCUGCGGGGACCGUGCUGGUGCUGCUCGUCUGGGGGGCCAGGGGUCUCUCUCAGCCAUACGACACUAGAAUGCGACUAGGUCACAACCAGGACCUGGGUAAGAUCCAGGAAGAUCUCCUCCUGAAGCUUCUCUCCGGAUGGACGGACAGUACGGAGAGCAACUCACUAGAGAUGGAAAGAGCCGCCGCCGACAACCUGGACGCCAAGAUGAUCCCUUCCCUGAAGUUUCCUCCACGCGAGCGGAAAGCUCCCUGCAAAAACUUCUUCUGGAAGACGUUCACCCUCUGCUAGUCACCGACCGAGCAGAUCCACCUGGUUCUUAAUGUAUAGAUGGCGUGAGCGGAUCAGGACUGUACAUAUCACUUCAUUGUCUCCCUGUGGAUUCACAUUGUGGAUUUUCAUAUUAAACCAAAAGAGUCGUCCAGCAAUAA